GGCGAGAAGACGCUGGAGAGGAUGAAAUCCCACCGGGCGCAGCUGAGCGUCCUGGAGAACCGCCGCCAGCAGAACUGCACCAUCCUGCUGUCCAAGCUCAAGAUGACCAACGACGGACUCAUCAGGGUCCUCCUCAAGAUGGACAGCGACGGGGAGUUGGCGCCCGACAUGGUGGAGCAGCUUCUCAAGUUCACGCCCACCGCCGAGGAGAAGGUCAUGCUGGAGGAACACGCCGACGAGAUCGAGAACCUCGCCCGCGCCGACAGGUUCCUCUACGAGAUCUCCAAGAUCGAGCACUACGAGGAGCGCCUCCGCUGCCUGCACUACCAGAAGAAGUUCAAGGAGCGGCUGGCGGAGUGCGAGCCCAAGGUCGCGUCGGUGAUCAGCGCCACCAAGGAACUCCGCAACAGCAAGAGGCUCAGGAAGUUCAUCGAGGUGGUCCUCGCCUUCGGGAACUACAUGAACAAGGGCGCGCGCGGGGGUGCGUACGGCUUCCGGGUGUCGUCCCUGAACAAGCUCACGGACACGAAGGCCUCCAGCAACCGGGCCAUCACCCUCCUGCACUACAUGAUCCGCGUGUGUGAGAAGCAGUGGAGGGACGUCGUGCGCCUCGACGAGGACUUCCCAGCCGUCAAGCGAGGCGCCAAGGUCAACAUCACGGAGUUGGAGCGCGAGACGAGCAGCCUGCGGUCGGGGUUGGAGUUCAUCGAGCGGGAGGUGGCGUGGCACCGGGGACAGGGCACCACUCCUCCCGGGGACCGCUUCCGCCUCGCCAUGAACGAGUUCACGGCCCUCCAAGGACAAGUUCGCCAACCUGGACGCCGCCUCGAGACCAUGAGGAAGGAGUUCGAGGCCGCCGCGACCCUGUUCGGCGAGGACGCGAAGGCGACGCAGCCCGAGGACUUCUUCGGGACCUUCGACUCUUUCAUCGACACCUUCCGAGACGUGAAGAAGGACCUGGAGAACAUGAAGAAGAAGGAGGAGGAAGAGGAGAGGAAGAGGAAGGAGGCCGAGCGGCGCGAGGUCGAGCGCGAGAAGCGAGCUCGGGAGCGCAGCACGCGGCUGGGCGGCGGCGGCGGCGGCGGCGGCGGCGGGCAGGCGGCGCCGGGCGACAGCAGCUCUGGCGGCGAGAACGAGAACGACUUCGACGACCUGAUCUCCGCGCUGCGCUCCGGCGACGUCUUCGGCAAGGACAUCGACAAGAUGCGGCGCAAGAAGAAGCACUCGUUCAGCGCCGGCUCGCGCGAGCGGGAGCGCGAGCGCAUCAUCGGCUCGCACAAGUACGCCUAAGCCUCGGCGUCGGGGCCUCGGGGCGCCCUGGAAGCCCCGCCUCGCCACGCCUUCGGCAGAGACUCGCCGCGCUCCCUCGUCGCACAGGAGCUGCCUCCCAGGCGGCGGCGUCCCCGUGCGAGGGGCGGGCGAGCGAG